GAAGAAAUUUUUCUUUCAGUUGUUAGAUAUCCCUCUCAUAAGAAAUCCUAGAACAGAAUAAUCGUAAGAAAUCCUAAAAUAGAAUAAAUCAUCUUGGGACAUAUUUCUUGAAGUUUUAUGUUCCUCUUUAAAACCAGACCCUUCAGCAAAAGAAAAAAAACUUGUUUGCAACCAUCCAAAGCAUUUUCAAAGAAAAUCUCUGUCAUCCCUUAUUUUUUUAGCUCAGAAAACAAGUACCUAAGUUUUCACUUCCAAGGCACAAAGGCCUCAUUGGAUAAUAUAGAUAUGUAGAGGGGUAAACUGGUUGAUUGGUUUAAGAUAAUAUGAUAGGACUUCCCUAGUGGUCCAGUGGUUAGAACUCCACACUUCCAGUGCAUGGGGCACAGGAUCAAUCCCUGAUCAGGGAAAUAAGACCCUACAUGCCUUGUGGUGUGGCCAAAAGAUAGAAAAAUAAAAUAUGCAAAAUAGAGAGAAUAUGAUAAUGUGCACUUAGGAUGUUCCAGGGUGGGAGAAAUUUUAAGAUGUAGCGUAGUUUUAUCCUCUUAUUAGAAACAAUCUAAUGUAGAAACUCGGUGAAUACAGCAGUGUCAGAAGUGAAGGAGGGACUGCCAUAAAUCAGGAAGAAUUUAACUUCUAGGUUGGUUUUUUUUUUUUUUUUCCUGCAUUUCUGUCCAAUCUGAAAAAUUAAGUCUUUGUAUUUUGGAGAAGGAAAUUAUGAAUGCCUGAAAGUAUAUUUAAAUCAAAAAUUUGCUUUAGUUUUUCUUAAAACACCACCUUUAGCAGAGCAAAGAAUUUUGAUAGCUAAGUAUAUAAGGAUAAAAGAAGUGAAUUAUGUGCAUGUUAAAUUAAUCCAACUACCUCUUUUACCAUUUUUACUGUGCAGCGUUACCCAGUAUUAAUUGUCCUCCUGUUACCCAGCCCUUUUAUCCUACAGCAAGGGGAAUUGAUGAGAAUACGUGCAUUGUGUUAUGUCUGAUCACAGUUUGACUAGCAGAGUCUGGAAGUGGGUUGUGCACGAUGAGAGCAGGCAGCCUAAUUGCUCUCCCUGCAUCAGCAGCAUCUAUAAAGCAUCCUGGGAAUUGCUCGCCCUACGUUCAGAGCAGCUGGUCACAUGAGCUUGAAUUUUCAGUUCAGUUCAUUAGUCAGCCAUUUUGGUCAACACCCUGCUUACUGCGCACAACCAAUCCUAUUAGAACUCAGCAUCCCGGCUCCUCUGAGCAGAUCCUGGAAGUGAUUUCUGCAAUUCAGGAUUUUUUUUUUUAAGCUAAACAGAAAAUAUUGGUUUAUUUUUUGUUCAUUUUUUUCUUUUGUAUUUUUUUUUCUGUAAAAAGAAGGAGGAUUUUUCACUUACUCAUACAGAGGCCAGUUUUUUUUAAAGCUAACUAAGGUAGCAUCGGCUGUGCAGGAUUUCAAGCCUCUGCCUCAGCUGAAAAAGAAGGGGGUAGGGAAGGGAAGAUAACAGGAGAGAAGCUGGAAGAAGAUAAGCAUCAUCUUAUUUUGCUAUGUGGUAGGAACUGCCUCUGAGAAAACAUAGCAUAGAAUUAUUUAUCUUGAACACUUGGUGCUUAAAGCAUAGGUAUUUUUCCGCCUUUUUUUUUUUUUUUUAAACCCUCACCUGCCUCUUUUCUUGAGAGCUUUGUUGCAGAGCUUCGGAUUUGGGGGUUAUUUAUUUUUGUUUGGGGUGUGUGUGUGUGUGUGUGUGUUGUGGUCCCAGCUGAGUCAUCAUGUCUGCUCUGACGCCUCCAACCGACAUGCCAACCCCCACCACUGACAAGAUCACACAGGCUGCCAUGGAGACCAUCUACCUUUGCAAAUUCCGAGUGUCUAUGGAUGGAGAAUGGCUCUGCCUGCGAGAGCUGGAUGACAUCUCACUUACACCUGACCCAGAGCCUACCCAUGAAGACUCUUGGGAGGAUUUGACAGAUUUGGUGGAGCAAAUGCGCGAUGAUACAGAAGAUCCUAAUUAUCUCAUGGCUAACGAACGCAUGAACCUGAUGAACAUGGCCAAGCUGAGUAUCAAGGGCUUGAUCGAAUCUGCUCUGAACCUGGGGAGAACUCUGGAUUCCGACUACGCACCUCUGCAGCAGUUCUUUGUGGUGAUGGAGCACUGCCUGAAACAUGGCUUGAAAGCUAAGAAAACUUUUCUUGGACAAAAUAAAUCCUUCUGGGGGCCUCUAGAACUGGUAGAAAAGCUUGUUCCAGAAGCUGCAGAGAUAACAGCAAGUGUUAAAGAUCUUCCAGGACUUAAAACACCUGUAGGCAGAGGAAGAGCCUGGCUUCGUCUGGCACUAAUGCAAAAGAAACUUUCAGAAUACAUGAAAGCUUUGAUCAAUAAGAAGGAACUUCUCAGUGAAUUCUAUGAACCCAAUGCCCUCAUGAUGGAAGAAGAAGGAGCUAUAAUUGCUGGUCUGUUGGUGGGCCUGAAUGUCAUUGAUGCCAAUUUCUGUAUGAAGGGAGAAGAUUUGGACUCUCAGGUUGGAGUUAUAGAUUUUUCAAUGUAUCUCAAGGAUGGGAACAGCAGUAAAGGUAGUGAAGGAGAUGGCCAGAUUACUGCAAUUCUGGAUCAGAAGAACUAUGUAGAAGAACUCAACAGACACCUGAAUGCUACUGUAAACAACCUUCAGGCAAAAGUGGAUGCAUUAGAAAAAUCCAACACUAAACUGACAGAGGAGCUUGCAGUUGCAAACAACAGAAUUAUCACCUUGCAAGAAGAAAUGGAACGAGUUAAAGAGGAAAGCUCCUACAUAUUGGAAUCUAAUCGGAAGGGUCCUAAGCCAGACCGGACUUCAGAAGGGCAAGCACUGAGUGAAGCCAGGAAGCACUUAAAGGAAGAGACACAACUGCGACUGGAUGUUGAAAAAGAACUGGAAAUCCAGAUCAGCAUGAGACAGGAGAUGGAACUGGCUAUGAAGAUGCUGGAGAAGGACGUCUGUGAGAAGCAGGACGCCCUGGUGUCUCUGCGGCAGCAGCUGGACGAUCUCAGGGCUCUUAAGCAUGAACUUGCCUUCAAGCUGCAGAGUUCAGACUUGGGAGUAAAACAGAAAAGUGAACUGAACAGUCGCUUAGAAGAGAAGACUAAUCAGAUGGCUGCUACCAUUAAACAACUGGAACAAAGAUUGCGCCAGGCUGAGCGAGGCCGCCAGUCUGCUGAACUGGACAACCGGCUCUUCAAGCAGGACUUCGGAGACAAGAUCAACAGUCUGCAGCUGGAAGUGGAGGCGCUCACCAGGCAGCGGAAUCAUCUUGAGUUAGAGCUAAAACAGGAAAGAGAAAGAAGGUUACAAAACAGCAGGAGCAUCCCAGGAAAGGGAUCCCAGAAGCCAGAAGAACCCAAAAUGGAUGGGAAGCACAAAAUCCAAGAGGAAAAUGUUAAACUAAACAAGCCCCUGGAAGAAAGCCACAGGUGUUUACUAAUAAAGCUGCAGUCUCACCCUGUGGAUCAACAGGAUCAGCUGUUGCCCUCCGAAAAGCCACCGAAGUAUUGUCAGCUAUGCCAGGAAGACUGCAGCCUAACAAAGAAUGUAUGUAGGAACUGCAGAGGAACCUUCUGUAACAUCUGUUCAACAAACGAACUGCCUCUUCCUUCAAGUAUCAAGCCUGAGCGAGUUUGCAAUCCCUGCCAUGAGCAUCUGAUGAAACAAUAUUCUACCAGUCCAUCGUAAGAUGGAGGCCAAGAUCUGGACCAGAAUGUAUCCACCCACGUUAGAUGUCAGAAUCCCCUAGAGCAGACUUUAGAAUUAACUCGAGUUGAUAGGAAUGCUUUAAAUAAACCAGGUCCAGGAAGAAAAGGCAGUGGUUAACAGUGCUGGAAAUUUUGUGUUUUCUCUAAUGACUGUAUGAAUAAAAGUUACUCAUUUGAGCCUCUCUCUGCUAAAUCUAAACAACCUCACUUUGAAGCAUUGAUCUGAUAGCUUGUCUUUGGAAGGGCUAUUCAUUUUUAUGAAUAGUGAUAUUAAUACUGAGCUGCAUGUUAAAGGAGAGAGGGUCCUUAGUGAAUAAGAAUAAAAAGGAAAAUGAUCAUCCCUUUAUUAUAUUUGGAGAUUCAAGAGGGAAAGAUCAUUGUUAACCGAGAUUGAAAUGAUAGAGGUUACAUGUUCUCUCAGGUGCUGCUAGACAUAAACAUUAUUUCCUCUUUACCCCUCCUACCUACCUCUUCUUUAAAGGAUCUCUACCAAACUGUGAACCCAAACUCAGGGAAAAGAAAUUAAAGAGUAAUAUAAAUUUUGAAUGUACUUAAUAUUAUAAUGUAUUCUAGUUUUAGGACCAGAAUUUUCUAGUUCUGGCCUACACGUUUUCACUAUCAGAAUAAGGAGGAAGAAUGUUUGCCGUUUUUCCACUUACUGACUUCAAAAGUAAAUACCUGCCCUUUUCAGAAUCUGCUACGCAACAAGCCAGCUCUUCCCCAGUCUCCCUCCUCUUUGGGUCAUGGAAAUUAUAAGGGGUUUUAAAGAUAGGGUUUGACUUUUGCAAACAGGAAGUACUAAAGCAAAGCCAUGUCAGGUGUAGAGUGAAGAAAUUUAAUUUGUCCAUGGCUGAGAAUAAUUAGCUGAGAAUAUUUGUUAAAUUCUUUUGUGAAUAAGGGAUUCCUUAUUCCAAGCCAAGAUUCAGAACUGGUAGACAGGUUUUUUGGAAAAUAUACUCAAAACAGUUCUUAGCAACAAACCCUUUGGGGGGAAAAAAAAAAGAGAUGUGCAUUCAGCAGGGGAAAGCAGGAGAUGGUCUAUGCUCCUUUGAUUAUGUUGCAUGUACAUAGAUUGUUUGAUUCCAAUUAAGACCUAAGAAGAUUCUGUUAACUGGUUUAGAGUUAUGGGGUGGAAACAUCCUGGAACUAUGAUAUUUGAUAAAUUCUGUCUCCUAAAAAGAGUGACAGCCCAGGAAAGUUGUUAUUCCAGAAGUCUGACCUGUUACUUGGUGGAUCUGAAUUUUAAGAGUCCUAGGAAGAAAUAAAAUUAGUUAAUUCCAACGUCA